AUGCGAAAGUGGCACCCGAAGUACUGAUCUCGAGAUUUGAGAUUAGCAGGCUGCUCAGACAAGGUUUGGACCCUCUACUCUAUGACAAUAGACACCGCACCGAAACGGCCAUCUUUGAACGCCACUAACCAGAAGGAAAAAACAACCCGUAUAGAUCAAAGUGGCCGUCGGAUCGCUCUUCUAGGAACGAUCGAAGGGGAACAAGGUAUUCUCAUAGCCGAACGAGCGGCCUUUGCAACCGAAUCCCUCGAGGUCCUAAAAGCGUUUCACUCUGCAAUCACCCGCGUAAACAACCUUGGGGACAAUGACAUCUACCGCUGGUACCUGGCCUCGUCGGGCAUAGAGGGGGAAGGCCAGCAAUGCGCGGAUCUCAAACUGAACCUCAUCUGGCCAUGUACCGGGCAGCAUAUCAAGAAGUACUCCGAUCAGAUCCUGCGCAUGGUGACUGAGACUCCGGAGAUCUACCGCGAAUAUAUCCGGCCAUAUAUGAGUGCCAAGCGGGAGGAGGGCCGGUUGAACUGGGUGUUUAACAUCCUCGAGGGUAGGACGGAACAGGAAGAUGUUAUUCUUCGGGAUCAGGGUCACGGCCCUGAAGAUGGGUUUUUGAUGCUCCCGGAUCUUAACUGGGAUCGGAAAACGAUGGGCUCGUUGCAUCUGCUAGCUCUUGUACAGCGGAGGGAUAUUUGGAGCUUACGUGACUUGAAGAAAAAGCAUAUCCCUUGGUUGCGGUAUCUGCGCCGGCGAUUGCUGGAGGGUACGGUGAAUAUGUAUCCGAAUCUGGAUCAGGAUCAGCUCAAACUUUACGUGCACUAUCAACCGACAUAUUAUCAUUUCCAUGUCCAUGUUGUUAAUGUCAUGCUUGAGGCGGGCGCUACGCAGGCUACUGGCAAAGCUUUUGGGUUGGAAAACCUUAUAUCUCAGUUAGAAACUAUCUCUGGCGGCAACGAAGCGGGUAUGGCGGAUGUCAGCUUGACAUAUUUCCUUGGGGAGGCCAGCGAGCUGUGGACUGAUAUCUACGAACCAUUGAAACGGGGAGUAAAGCCAUUACAGAACUAGGACCGUGUUCAGCUAGCUUUCAACGACUAGAGCAUAGAUACGGUUAUGAACGAGACGAACUC